CGACCCUCGCGGUUACUACUCAAAUUCUGCAGUUACUGCUUCCGUUCAUUUCCGUUUCGUUUUCCUACUUUUUUUCUCGCUCCCGUUUUCUCCAAUUCUUCCUAGCAACAAUCCCAAUGGAAAGAGGUGCUUACAGAGGCCGUGGCCGUAACGGUAAUGGUGGCCGUAACAGUUACGGUGGUGGUCGCGGUAGUUACGGUGGUGGCCGUGACGGUAACGGUGACCAUAACAGUUACGGUGGUGGCCGCGGUGGUCGUAGCAGUUACGGUGAUAGAAGUUCUCCUUCUCAAUCACAGUGGCAACCAAGGUCAAACCCUUCUUUUUCUUCUCCAAAACCUAACAAUUCUCAUUCUCAAGUUCAAACACAAACUCAAGCUCAUCCAGGUAACAUUGGAUCUUCGAAGAUACCAGAGAAGAAAAUGGACACCAUCACACCUGUGCGUAGGCCUGACAAUGGGGGAACAGUUGCAGUGCGAAAGUGCUAUCUCCGUGUGAACCAUUUCCCUGUUUCCUUCAAUCCACAGAGUAUAAUUAUGCAUUAUAAUGUGGAAGUGAAGGCCAAGGCUCCUCCACUGAAGAACAAUCGUCCUCCCAAGAAGAUUUCGAAGUACGACUUGUCAUUGAUUCGGGAUAAGCUGUUUUCCGACAAUUCACUGCCAGCUUCAGCGUAUGAUGGUGAAAAGAACAUCUUCAGCGCGGUGCCUUUGCCGGAGGAAACAUUUACCGUGGACGUGUCCAAAGGAGAGGACGAAAGGCCUGUUUCUUAUUUGGUCUCUCUGACAUUGGUGAGUAGGCUCGAGCUUCGGAAGUUGAGGGAUUACCUCAGUGGAAGCGUGCUUUCGAUCCCUAGGGAUGUUUUGCACGGCUUGGAUUUGGUGGUGAAGGAAAAUCCUUCGAAGCAGUGUGUUUCCUUGGGGCGGUGCUUCUUCCCCAUGAACCCUCCUUUGAGGAAGAAAGAUCUUAACCAUGGCAUAAUUGCGAUUGGAGGGUUUCAGCAGAGUCUUAAGUCUACUUCUCAGGGAUUGUCCUUGUGCCUGGACUAUUCGGUUUUGUCCUUUCGGAAGAAGCUGUUGGUGUUGGAUUUUCUGCACGAGCAUAUUAGGGACUUCAAUUUAAGGGAGUUUGGGCGGUUCAGGAGACAAGUUGAGCAUGUACUUAUUGGGUUGAAGGUUAAUGUUAAACACCGGAAGACAAAGCAGAAGUACACUAUUACUAGGUUGACACCCAAGGUUACGAGACAUAUCACAUUCCCUAUUUUGGAUCCCGAGGGCCGGAAUCCCCCAAAGGAAGCUACUCUGGUUGGUUACUUUCUAGAGAAGUAUGGUGUGAACAUUGAAUACAAGGACAUUCCUGCCUUGGAUUUUGGAGGCAACAAGACGAAUUUUGUGCCUAUGGAGUUGUGUGAGUUGGUUGAGGGGCAGAGAUAUCCCAAAGAGAAUUUGGACAAAUAUGCUGCCAAGGACUUAAAAGACAUGUCAGUGGCUCCUCCAAGGGUGAGGCAAAGUACAAUACAAGCAAUGGUAAACUCAGAGGACGGACCGUGCGGAGGUGGUGUUAUUAAAAAUUUUGGAAUGAGUGUCAACACUUCCAUGACAAAUGUGACAGGACGUGUAAUUCAGCCUCCACAAUUGAAGCUAGGUAAUCCAAAUGGCCAGACUGUUAGUAUGACACUUGAAGUAGAGAAAUGUCAGUGGAAUCUAGUGGGACGAUCAAUGGUGGAAGGCAAGCCAGUUGAGUGUUGGGGCAUUCUUGAUUUUACCAGCCAGGAGUCUGGUUGGCGCAAAUUAAACAGCAAACAAUUCAUUGAGAACCUUAUGGGUAAGUAUAGAAAAUUGGGUAUUGGCAUGAAGGAGCCAGUUUGGCGUGAACAAUCUAGUAUGUGGAGUCUUGGGGAUUACAAUUCGCUGUGUAAAUUACUUGAAAAUAUUGAGGAUAAGGUUCAAAAAAGAUAUCGACGAAAACUACAAUUUCUUCUGUGUGUGAUGUCCGACAAGCAUCAAGGUUACAAGUGCCUCAAAUGGAUUGCUGAGACCAAGGUUGGCAUAGUGACACAAUGCUGCUUGUCUGGUAUUGCUAAUGAAGGGAAGGACCAAUAUCUUACAAAUCUUGCCCUCAAGAUCAAUGCCAAAAUUGGAGGAAGUAAUGUGGAGCUCAUCAAUAGGCUACCACACUUUGAGGGUGAAGGUCAUGUUAUGUUCAUAGGGGCUGAUGUCAAUCAUCCAGCUUCCCGGGACAUCAACAGUCCAUCAAUUGCUGCUGUAGUUGCCACUGUUAAUUGGCCUGCUGCAAAUCGCUAUGCAGCACGUGUUUGUGCUCAAGGUCAUCGGGUUGAGAAAAUUUUGAAUUUUGGGAGAAUUUGCUAUGAACUUGUUUCGUAUUACGAUAGGCUGAACAAAGUCAGGCCUGAAAAAAUUGUUGUCUUUCGUGAUGGCGUGAGCGAAAGUCAAUUCCAUAUGGUUCUCACAGAGGAGUUACAAGAUUUGAAAUCGGUGUUUAGUGAUGCAAAUUACUUCCCAACCAUCACUAUUAUUGUCGCACAAAAGCGACAUCAAACUCGAUUUUUUCCUGUGGGUCCAAAGGAUGGGAUUCAAAAUGGCAAUGUGUUUCCAGGUACAGUUGUGGACACAAAAGUAGUACAUCCUUUUGAAUUUGACUUUUACCUUUGUAGUCACUAUGGAAGCUUGGGUACUAGUAAGCCCACUCACUAUCAUGUCUUAUGGGAUGAGCAUAAAUUUAACUCUGAUGAUUUGCAGAAACUGAUAUAUGACAUGUGCUUUACCUUUGCAAGGUGCACUAAACCUGUAUCUUUAGUCCCUCCAGUGUACUAUGCUGAUCUCACUGCAUAUAGAGGACGGUUAUACUAUGAAGCAAUGAAUCAAAUGCAAUCUCCUGGUUCAGCUGUGUCGUCUUCAUCAUCACAGAUUACUUCUUUGUCAAUUUCUUCAACAGGCUCAAGUUUAAAUGAUCCGGGGUAUUACAAGUUGCAUGCUGAUGUGGAAAAUAUAAUGUUCUUCGUUUGAAGGGCUUAUAUCUGCACUUUCUGUUGUGGCAGAAGAACUUAUUUUGCUCCUCUUCUCUGCUCUCUUUGCAUUGGGACAAACUACUUUUCCUGAUUGAAAUAGAUAAGUAGUUUGUGCGUGAAUCUAAUGGGUCAAUUAUCGUGAAACUGUUUUCAGUGUCUUGUCCUUUGUUAUUGUUAUAAUGGAGUCGAAUAUUGUUCAUGUUGUUUUAGUUGGUUUUGGGUUUGUGGUUGCAUCUACAUGCAACCUUUUAGCAGGUUUCAUGUACUUUGCUAUAGUUGCAAUGGAGUCACAUAUUGUUCAUGUUAUUUAUUUUAGUUGGUUUUGGGUUUAUACCUGCCUCUGAAGUUGCUCCUUA